AUGGUUAUCGUUAAAGUUCACGCUCGUCAAAUUUUUGAUUCUCGCGGUAACCCAACAGUCGAAGUUGAUCUUGUAACAGAUAAAGGCGUUUUUAGAGCUGCCGUACCAUCUGGUGCUUCCACUGGAAUUCAUGAGGCUUUGGAAUUACGUGACGGAAUAAAACAAGACUAUGUUGGCAAAGGUGUAUCACGAGCUGUUUCCAAUGUUAACGAUUGUAUUGCUCCUGAACUUAUAAAAGCCAAUUUGGAUGUUAAGGAUCAAAAAACCGUCGAUAAAUUUCUCUUAAAGUUGGAUGACACUCCAAAUAAAUCAAACCUUGGUGCAAAUGCAAUUCUUGGUGUAUCUCUUGCGGUCGCUAAAGCUGGUGCCGCUGAAAAGGGCAUUCCACUUUACGCCCACAUAGCUGAUCUCGCUGGAAGUAAAAAACCUUAUGUUCUUCCUGUACCCGCUUUCAAUGUGAUCAAUGGAGGUUCUCACGCUGGUAAUAAACUCGCUAUGCAAGAAUUUAUGAUUCUACCGACUGGUGCCUGUUCUUUUACUGAAGCUAUGAAAAUUGGAUCUGAGGUUUAUCAUUCUUUGAAAUCUGUUAUCAAAUCAAAAUAUGGUCAAGACGCUACUAAUGUUGGUGAUGAAGGUGGUUUCGCUCCAAACAUACAAGACAACAAAGAAGGUCUUGAAUUACUUAAAGAUGCUAUUAAAAAAGCUGGUUAUACUGAUAAAGUAAAAAUUGCAAUGGAUGUGGCUGCUUCAGAAUUUUAUAAAGAUGGAUCAUAUGAUUUAGAUUUUAAAAAUUCAAAUUCUGAUAAAUCGGAAUGGUUAUCUGGUAAAGAUCUUGCUAAUUUAUAUAAAGACUUUAUUCAAGAAUAUCCUAUCGUUUCUAUUGAAGAUCCAUUUGAUCAAGAUGAUUGGUCUUCUUGGAGUAUUCUUAAUAAUUCGACCAAUAUCCAAAUUGUUGGUGAUGAUUUGACUGUCACUAAUCCUAGUAGAAUUAAUACCGCCAUAGCUAAAAGGGCUUGUAACGCUCUUUUGUUAAAGGUCAAUCAAAUUGGUACCGUUAGUGAGUCUAUUGAGGCUGCCAAAUUGUCUCAAAGUAAUGGAUGGGGUGUAAUGGUUUCUCACCGAUCCGGAGAAACUGAAGAUACAUUUAUUGCUGAUCUCGUGGUUGGUUUACGUACUGGACAGAUUAAAACUGGUGCACCUUGCCGCUCUGAACGAUUGGCUAAAUACAAUCAAUUGUUACGUAUUGAAGAAGAAUUAGGUGCUGAUGCAAUUUAUGCUGGUGAAAACUUUAGACAUGCUCAUAACUUGUAA